UAAAUCCACUUGAGACACACUCUGCUGGUUACAUAACAGACUGAGGCCAUUGGUUAAAUAACAUCUUUGAAAGCCUUAGCAUUUCUGAAUAUCAAAGACCUAAAACCAUCAUCAGCUAAGAGCUCGGCUAGUUUUGACUCAUUCAGUACUGACAGUGUUGCUGAGGACCAUGGCUAAGCGUGUUGCUGUGAUUGGAGCAGGCAAUGCUGGACUGGUCUCCAUCAAAUGUUGCUUGGAUGAAGGUCUGGAGCCGGUGUGUUUUGAAAGCAGUGAUGAUAUCGGUGGACUCUGGAGAUUUAAGGAGACACAUGAGGCAGAACGCACCAGCAUUUAUCGUUCUCUCGUAGUGAAUACCUCUAAAGAGAUGAUGUGCUUCAGCGAUUAUCCUAUCCCGGAUCAUUUCCCGAACUACAUGCACAACUCGCUGGUCGUGCAGUACUUAAGAGACUACGCUGAACACUUCGGCCUGCUUAAACAUAUUCAAUUAAAGACUACAGUAAGCAGUGUGAGACAGAGGCCGGAUUUCUCUACCUCUGGUCAGUGGGAUGUGGUGACCGUGAACAGAGAUGGACGAGAGGAGAAACACGUGUUUGAUGGUGUUCUAGUGUGUACAGGACAAUACACACAACCUAACAGACCCCUCUCUGCCUUUAAAGGUGUUGAUACAUUCCCAGGAACAAUUCUCCAUAGCUGGGAUUAUAGGGAUCCUGAUCUUUACCAUGGCAAGAGAGUUGUGAUUGUUGGGAUUGGAAAUUCAGGGGUAGACAUUGCUGUGGAGCUCAGCAGAGUUUGUGAGAAGGUGUUUUUAAGUACCCGCACUGGGGCAUGGGUCAUAGGUCGCAUGUCAAAUAGAGGGCACCCUAUGGAUUUGGUGCUGGUUAAGCGAAACGUGGAUCUGAUUGUUCGCCUUCUGCCUCAAAGUUUGGUGAACUGGAUUGGAGAGAGAAUGCUCAAUCAGAAACAUGACCACAAGUUUUAUGGACUACAGCCUAAACACAGAUUUUUGGACCAGCGUCCCAUUAUCAACGAUGACCUCCCAGGUUGCAUUUUGAUGGGAGCCCUGGUGAUGAAACCCAAUCUGCAAAAAAUUCAAGACUCAACAGUCGUAUUCGAUGAUGGGACGGCUGAAGAGAAGAUCGAUGCUGUGAUCUUGUGUACAGGAUAUAAUUACGCAUUCCCCUUCCUCCCCACCUCCUUAAACUCUGGUCCUGAUGGAGAACUGACACUCUACAAAAGAAUCUUUCCCCCAUCUCUAGAGCGUCCGACACUGGCCAUCAUGGGUCUUUUCCAGCCCAAAGGGCCAGUCAUGCCAGCAGUAGAACUGCAGGCACGCUGGGCCACCCGGGUCAUCGCAGGGAUAAACCAUCUUCCUUCAAACCGAAAAAUGCAUGACAUUAUUGAAAAGGAACGCAGAGCAAAUUUAAAAAGUUAUGCUAGUCCCAAGGAGGCUGUCCUUCAGGUGAAUUAUAUUCCUUACCUAGAUUCCAUUGCAAGGGAAGUGGGUGUCCGGCCCAACAUUGUUUGGUUACUUCUCAGUGACCCUGCUUUGGGUUUGAGGGUUCUUUUUGGUCCCUUUACGCCCUACCAGUUUCGUCUACGUGGACCAGGACAUUGGAGUGGUGCUCGUCAGGCUAUCCUUACGGUAUGGGAGCGUGUGGCCAAACCCAUGAAGACACGCCCCAUUCCAGACCCAAAAUCCAGCAGUUUGUUAUAUUGGAUGGGGCUUGCAGGAGGUGCUGCGGCAAUUGUGAUCAUUAUGGUAAAACAAAAGAAGAUUCCACUUUUUCUGAAAAUCAAUUACAUUGAGACAGCCUUAUUUGGACAAAAGUAAGAGUUUAGGGUAACACUUUACAAUAAACAAUAAAGUAUUAGUAAACAUGAACAAUGAUUAAUAAAUGCUGUAGAAGUAUUGUUCAUUGUUAGUUUAUGUUAGCUAAUGCAUUAACUAAUUGUUAAGAAAUACUACCUUAUUGUAAAGUGUUACCGAGUUUAGGUUUAAUUAAUGUACUAUUGAACCAUAUAUCUUUCUGUGUAUUAGCACAUGUACUUUGAUUUUUUUUAAACUGAUUAAAUCAUCCUGGUAAACAUUUGAAGACAUUUGUUCUGCCCAAUACAAAAAAAAGAUAUUAUUUAAUGUACUAUUGAACCAUAUAUCUUUCUGUGUAUUAGCACAUGUACUUUGAUUUUUUAAAAACUGAUUAAAUCAUCCUGGUAAACAUUUGAAGACAUUUGUUCUGCCCAAUACAAAAAAAAGAUAUUAUGAAGAUUUUUUGAGGUUUUAUCCUUACAUUGAAAUGGUUACCAGAAGUGCUGCUGUCAUCAUCAUCAUCCAUCAUUAAUCGGCUGCAGACAAAACGGGUUUGCAGUCGGUCACAAGUUUUCUCCAUUCUGGUCAAUAGCUAGCAGCUCUUCUCAUCUCGUCAGCAGUUGGUGGCAUGUCGUUGUUAAUUAGUUUGCCGAUGUAUGUGUGAUAUAAUGUGUGCGGCUUUCCUCGGCUCCGUUUGCCAUGUAGUUUUUCGGGCGCAUAUAACAUUUUUGUUAAUUUAGUCGUUUGGGUCUCUUCUGAGUGAGUGGCCAACGAAAAGUAGCUGUCUUUGUUGGAUUUGAAGAAUAAGCUGGUUCUUUUGGACUGCUUCGUAUACAGCUUGGUUACUUAUUCGAUCCAUUUUCUUGAUGUCGAGCAUGAUUCUGUAGCGACUAGUGGCGAAGCUGUUGAGUGAGUUUUGCAUUUUUUGGCUGAUGAUCCAGCUUUCGCAGCCAUACAGGAGGGUUCAAAGAUGUUUUGUUUGAGUUUGAUUGGAAGAGUUUUUGAUAGAAAUACAUCCUUCAUUUUCCAGAAUGCUCCCCAAGCUUGUCCUUUUCGUGCUCUGAUAUCUGCAUCGCUCGACGCGAUGUAAGAGCCAAGAUACUUGAAGUCUUUUGUCCAAUCGAUUUUUUUGUCCAUUGAGUUCAAUGAAUUGAUGUAAGUUGAUCGGCAUCUCUGGCCCAGCAAGAUCUUGUUUGCUAAAUGCUUCUGUCUUUUUAAUGUUGACCUCGAGUCCUACUCGUCUAGCCCACAUUGCUGUUGUUUGAAGUUGAGCUUGCGAUUUUUCUAGAUUAUGCUGCUUGUUGUUGUCGCCGCCCUUAGAGCAGCGCAAUGUCUUCGGCAAAAUCGAGGUCGAACAGUGAAGUGGCUGGAUAUCUCGAUGAUCUUGAUAGAUUCGUUGUGAAGCCAUUUGAGCCUGUUGAUGUUGCAUGCUCUUGUUCUGAUUUCUUUAGGGUGAAGUCUAUGACGAUGAUGAAUAGAAAGGGAGCUAGCGUGUCUCCUUGAAGAACGCCAGUUGAGAUGUUGAACUGUUCUGAUAGCUUGCCCUCGACCAAUACUUGACUUUUUGAGUUGUUGUAGAUAGUGCAAAUAGCCCUUACGUUUUUUUCAGGAAUUCCGUAGUGUCGCAAGAUGUCGAACAUGACGUUUCGUAUGAGCGAGUCGAACGCUUUCUUAAAGUCGACGAAUAUGAUGUAGAGGUCUAGGUUCUUGUCGAUGGUGCCCUCGAUUAUUCGUCUAAGUAUGUGAACUUGUUCGGUGCAUCCUCUUCCUCUUCGAAAUCCUGCUUGAUUCUUUCUCAUGAUGUCGUCUACUGGUUUUCUUAUUCGGUUAAGAAGAACUUUAUUGUAGACUUUCGCUGCGAUCGACAUCAGGCUGAUCCCUCCAUAGUUAUUCAUCAAAGUGAGAUUGCCUUUCUUGGGUAAUGGAACGAUGAGGCUAGUGGUGCUUUUUCUUGCAUGUAGACAUCAUUGCAUAUGUUGCAUAGCUGUCUGAUUGCAUGAUGGCCUCCGUAUUUGAGAACUUCGGCGGUAAUGGGGUUGUCGACACCUGAUGAUUUGCCAUUUUUAAGUUCGUCUACAGCCAUUUUUACUUCACGUCGAACGUGAAUGGGCCUAUAUUGCCUAUAAGUCUCUGGUAGCUGGCUCGAUGUGUAGAUGUUCCGUGACUGUUUCUUUGUUCAGUAAAGUUUUGAAGUAAUUUUGCCACUUGUCUAGCAGUUCCUUAGGAGAGUUGAUAUUACUACCAUCUGUUUUCUUCAUUUUAUGCUUGUUUAUUGAUUUUGUUUUGCCACUGAUCUUAUUGAUAACUUCCCAUGUGGUUUGUAACCUGUUUGCUUUCGCCGCUUCCUUGAGACGCUCAAGUUUCUCUGAUAGGAAGGCGAUCCUGUCCUGCUGGUAAGACUCGAGAAGCUUUUGAUUUAGAUCAUGGCACUCUUGACUAUGCGUUGAUCUGAGCCGACAUCUACUGUAUUACAUGCUCAAAUGUUCUUCACUGAGUUUGCCCAUUUCCCUCUUAUAAGUAUGUGAUGAAGUUGUGCUCGAUUUUUGUCGUCGUUUUCCUUUCUGUUAAUGUCUGGUUGCCACGUCCAGAUUCUAGACUUCUUGUGUGGGAAUCUGAACUGUGCAGAUCUCGUGUUUGUUGUCUCGCAGAAGUCUACAAGUCUAGUGCCAUUGUCAUUCGUCUUCUCGUGUAGGGCAUGUUUGCUGCUCUCGGGUUCGAUAUGCUGCUGUCGAGGCCGAUUCUUGCGUUAAAAUCACCUGCUAUGACAAGCAUAUUGUGUGGUGGUACUUCUUGUGCACACUUUAACAACUUGGCAUAGAACUCGUCUUUCUCUGCUCUUGGCUUUUCUUCGGUUGGUGCGUAUGGAACAGUGACAGUUGUUAAUGGAUUGCCAGCGAAAUUCGCUGUCUGACACCUUAUUCUGUCUGACACCUUAGUUGUUGAUGUCAUAGUUUUGUCUACUUCGCUGUUUGUAAGAAGGCCGAUUCCUUCGACAUGAUUUCCCUGAGAUGUUUUUGUUGCUGAGCAGUAAUCGAAAUCGCCAUUCUUUAUUGUUGUAGGUUUCUGUAUGGGUUAUGAUGUUGUCUGAGGCUGAUAGUCCAUGCUCUUGUACUGCUACAAUAUCUAUAUUUUUAUCUUCACAGCCAUGGAUGAGCUGAUGAAACCUUCUGAUUGUUUGAGAGUUUCAGGUGUUGAGAGUUUACCUUCUUUGUUUAUUCUGCGUAGCAUUCGGACAUUGUAUGUUGCUACAUUGGUUGUUUUACGGUGGGAGAAGUGGCGGUGGGAUGCUGAGUCUGUGGUAUUUUUGUUGUCCUGUGUUAUCGCUGCGUUAUUGGGUGUAUACACCGUCAUGAGCGAAUUAAUCGCACAUCGACACGACGAAGACGAUUGUUGUUGCUCGGAAUGGGUACUUCUUUUGUUACUUUCGAAGUAAUUUUGUUUAAGCCAUGUGGGUUACUAGCCCUGCACAGCCGAUCACAUUUUUACGUCAUGCGCAUGAAUUGGCUGAUUGCAUCCUUUGAUUUUCGUCUCAGGAUGGGCGAUGAGGUCGCCACACUCUACGCCAGUAGAACGCAGCCUUAAAGGAAUAGUAUAUCCAUUUUCCAUAUUAAACUAGGUUAUUACCUUAACUAAGAAGAGUUGAUACAUCCCUCUAUCAUCUUAGUGCGUGCACGUAAGCGCUGGGGCGCGCUGCGACACUUCGAUAGCAUUUAGCUUAGCCCCAUUCAUUCAAUGGUACAAAAACAGAGAUAAAGUUAGAAGUGACCAAACACAUCAACGUUUUUCCUAUUUAAGACGAGUAGUUAUACGAGCAAGUUUGGUGGUACAAAAUAAAACGUAGCGCUUUUCUAAGCGGAUUUAAAAGAGGAACUAUAUUUUAUGGCGGAAUAGCACUUUUGGGAGUACUUCGACUCGCCUGAAAAAUCCUCUCCCCUUCUCCCUCUCAUAAUGGGAGAGGGAGAGUGUUACUGCGCCGAGUCGAAAUACUCCCAAAAGUGUUAUUCCGCCAUAAAAUAUAGUCCCUCUUUUAAAUCCGCUUAGAAAAGCGCUACAUUUUAUUUUGUACCACCAAACUUGCUCGUAUAACUACUCGUCUUAAAUAGGAAAAACGUUGAUGUGUUUGGUCACUUCUAACUUUAUCUCUGAUUGAUACCAUUGAAUGAAUGGGGCUAAGCUAAAUGCUAUCGAAGUGUUGCAGCGCGCUCCAGCGCUUACGUGCACGCACUAAGAUGAUAGAGGGAUGUAUCAACUCUUCUUAGUUAAGGUAAUAACAUAGUUUAAUAUGGAAAAUGGAUAGACUAUUCCUUUAAGUGAUAAUCCAGUGAAUAAAAAAUUAUCCCAUGAUUUAUUCACAUAUCAGGCCAUCCUCUUAUGUACAUGAUUAUCUUUUAUUAGACGAACACAAAUAAUAGUUAUAUAAAAAAAUGUCCUUGAUCUUCCGAGCUUUAUAACUGUAGAAAACAGGGACCAGGGAACAACUUCUGACUUUGAAGGAAAAGAUGUACUUUUUGGGCUUCGAAGACGUAAUCCUCACAGCUCCAGGGGGUUAAUAAAGCCACUAACGUGAUUAUAUGCCUUCAUUAUAUGCUGGAGUAUGUCUUUAAAGGGAUAGUCACACAAUAUUUUUUAUGUCAAUAUUGUCAGUGGUGGCCCAGAUCUGCUUUGUUACAAACAUUCUUCAAAAUAUCUUUGUGUUCAGCAGAUCAAGGUUUGUAACUACUUGAGGAUGAGUAAAUAAUGAUAACAUUUUUAUAUUUUGGGGGGGUAAACUCUCCCUUUAAAGAAAAAAAAUACAUCCGCGGAAAAAUUAAAAAACUUGUUUCCCCUAAAUUUACUAUUUAUAUGUAUCUGUUUAAGUCAAAUUAUAUUUUUUGUGUCAUCCUAUCAACUACCGUCAACAUUUCUGCCAGAUUCCGUCUUUUAUUUGCAGAAAACUGAGACCAGACAAACUAACAAAAUAUGCAAUCUUUUCAGAUCUUGAAAAUACAUUUUAAACAACACAAGACUAAUGUUUUAAUAUGUAUUUUAGGAACAAAUAAAAAAUUAUUAUUUGACAGUAUAACUAUUUAAUCACAUUUUAUAUAUGUGUCUUGGCAUGCUCUCAGUUUUUUACAUUGCUGUUGACUAUAUUGUCACUCCUGAGGUUUGCUUUUGUUGGAAUUCAACAAGCACUGGACUAAAAUGCAUGUUCACAGUACAUGUAAUGAUGAUUAAAGGCAAAACUUGAGUUGUCUCUUA